UUUCCUGGGAAACAAGCAUGAAAAUAAUUAGAUGCUUUAAGCCUAAGCAGAACAUCAUCUUCUGAAGUUCUUUUUCUUCUGAAUUUUCUUCUUCCCCCCACACCACUCUUUUUUUUUUUUUUUUUUGUGGACUAGAAAGGCAGAGAAAAUAUGGACAAAUUUAAGAGCAUUUUGAAGCCCAAACCGAACCCACAAGAGCAAUUGAGAGAUUGGCAGCGACGGCUCCGCCAAGAAUGUCGCAACAUCGAGCGCCAAAUCAGAGAUGUCCAGAGAGAGGAGAAGAACGUGCAAAAAGCAAUUAGAGAGGCUGCCAAGAGAAAUGACAUGGGUUCAGCAAAGGCACUUGCAAAGGAAAUUGUGAUGUCAAGAAAGACUGUGAAUCGCCUUCAUGAGAAUAAGGCCCAACUGAACUCAAUAUCUAUGCACCUUGGAGAAAGUGUUGCAAUUGCCCGUACAGUUGGUCAUUUGUCCAAGAGCGCAGAGGUCAUGAAAAUUGUCAAUAAUCUCAUGAAAGCUCCAGAAAUGGCAUCCACAAUGCAAGAAUUCACCAAAGAGAUGACCAAGGCAGGGGUAAUCGAAGAGUUCGUGAAUGAUGCUGUUGACACGGCAUUGGAUUCGGAAGAUAUAGAGGAAGAAACUGAAGAAGAAGUUGAUAAGGUGCUGACUGAAAUAGCUGGUGAGACGGCUGCACAGCUUCCGGAAGCUGUCAGGAAGGAAAGGAUAAAGUUACCUGCCCAGAGAGCUAGCAGUUCACAACAAGAAGAAGCUCUUGCAGAGGGUGUAGACGAUGAGGAAGAGCUGGAAGAGUUAAGAGCGCGGCUUGCUAAAGUGAGAUCGUAGAUUUUUACAGUGUUAUUAUUGCCUAAUCACUCAGAAUUAGAGAAAAAGUGAGUGUGUAUAAAGUAGGGUUUAAGCCAAUUGUUCUGUUUGAGAUUGUAGGGCUUCAAACCCAGCAUACCUCAUUAUGAUUGAAGAUAGUUCGUAGCAAAGUUACACAUGUUCUCAUGUGUAAUAUGUCAUGCCCUCUUACUAACAACUUUUUUUCUAAUAUAAAUCAAUUAGUGAAGUCUA